UCCUGUUGCUGUCUCCCAGAGAAGACUAAGGAGCUACUCUUCCGCGGCGCCCAGGCCUACAUGGAGAGCAUGUGGAAUGGGAACGCAGCAGGGACCUGCACUGUGAUGGACUUUCCAGAGCCACUUAAAGAUGCCCAGGAAACUUGUGCCAAGUACAGUUGGAAUGGACAGCUGCUCAUUGGACAAGAUGGAAAACUUCUAAGGCAUUCCCAAGCAAUGGAAAAGACAUCACCAGUGGGAAUAUCCAAAGCCUGUUCCUCCUGCAUAAGAACUGUUGACAUCAAAGAAGCUUGCACACAGUGUGAUCGUUUUAUAUGCCAGAAUUGCAGUAAACUCUGCAAGUGCUGUAAUGCUGUUGUCUGUUCCAUGUGUUCAAUUAUCGAUUACAGUGAUAUUGGCGAGCAAGUUCUCUGCAAUGGCUGCUCAAUGUUUGAAGCCUGAAACUCUUAAUGAACUAUCAAUACCUCUUCAUGGUACUUGAUAUCUUAGCCAUGAAGGCCAUGUUUAUAUUUGGAUAUCUGAUACCACUAGUGUAUGGAAUUAACAAUGAGAUUUCUAUGCAUUGUAUGUGACUUUUUUAAAUACUGUAGCUAAAUAAACUUUUUUAUAUGUUGAAGA